AAUUUUAGGCACCUUCCAUCAACUACUCAUUUAGUGCUUCUUAAUUCACACCCUCUUGUCUUCAGAGCUCUCGAACAUCUGGCACUCUCGGGAACAUAUCCCAGUGUGGACUUGUGUGUGCAUUUCAGAUCGUUGGAUCGCAUGAACACUGAAGCGCAGGGACAACACCUUUUUGCUAGAACAGAUUGUGGACUGAAUAGAUUGUGUUCUCCGCAUCUGCUAUUGAUAACUCUACGUAUUGGCAGUGAGGAGAUUGGAGGGUCACUGCAAUUGGGGUUACAGAUGAUGGAGUUGUGGUGAUCAUGAAUUUCAAAGUGUGGUGAACAGCCUAGAGUACAUAUCCACAGGUAGAGGCUCCAUUUCGUAAAGGAUAAUUUGGUACAGACAGAUACGAUUCAACGGGGCAUCGGAGCUGACAGAGACAUUGGGACAUUGCAUUUUAGAGAAAAAUAAAUAAAUACAUAUAUUUGUAGAGCACCGAUGCCAUCUGCUAUGAGUUAUAGAGAUGCUUGAAGUGGGAAGCAGAGCAGAUUCACUGACGAAGUGAGGGUUGGUUUUUUCUGACCGAGUUUCUCUUUCACUGAAGAAUCUGCAAAGUUCCCUGCGAGAAUGGCAGCAGUGAUGGCACAACCCGGGCAUGAGAGGUCGCCGAGCUUCACUAAGUCUCGGCGCAUGCACACCAAAUCGCCUAAGGUGCGAAGUCCAAAGUCUGUUUUACUGCCAGAGUCGCCCGAGAGUUCUACUGAAUCAAGCUCGCUUGCAAGCUCAAUCCUAGGUGAACAGAUUGUGGAGUGCACCAGCUUCAGAAGUCCUAAGAAGGAAGAUAACCGAAAGAAUUCGUCCGAGGCAACCUUUGAGGAAGUUGACGACUACACCUGUUUCAGGUUUGUAUCACUUGACCAGCCGAGUGACUUGCUCGUGGAAGUCGACGACAUCUCUUUUCAUCUGCACAAGCUCCCACUCUUGUCAAGGAGCGGUCUUCUUUUCCGACUAGCCUCACAAUCUUGUGACUCACGGAAAGCAUAUAUCAACUUGGUCGAUGUGCCUGGAGGAGCUGAAGCCUUCAGUGUGGUGGUCAAGUAUUGUUACGGUAUCAUUGAGGAGCUCACGCCUACAAAUGUCGCCACUAUUCGUUGCGUCGCGGAGUAUCUCGAAAUGACGGAAGCCUUUGAGGAAGGAAAUGUUGUGAGCAGAGCGGAAGCGUAUCUCAAUUUUGUGGUAUUGACUUCCUGGCAGGAGUCUAUCAUCGUUCUCCAAUCUUGUGAGCUGCUUCUCCCCUGGGCCGCGGACAUGAAUCUAGUGAAGAGAUGCGCCGAGUCUGUUGCGGACAAGGCCUGCACCGAUCCACGGAACAUUCACUGGCCUUACUCGGACAUGGAGAAGGAUUGCUCGCCUAGCACAGCGCCUAGAUCCACGCUGGAAGGAACAGUUUCUAGAGUCGCGCCGAAAGAUUGGUGGUACGAGGACGUCUCACAUUUGACAAUCUAUUGUUUCAGUGAAGUAAUAGAAGCUCUCAAGCUGAAGUACAUGACUCCAGAUCUUCUGGGUGGCGCUUUGGAGUAUUAUGCUCAGCGAUGGCUGCCAGGAUUAGUGAAACCAGAAGAGAGAACAUUCUUGAGCAAUGGCACCGGCACUUACAGUGCUAGUGUUGCAUCCACGAGAAGGAACUCGCCGAUUUGCUCACCUAGAAAAGGAGGAAGCCUAUACAACUGCUCAACCAAGGACAUGGCAGAGGACAGCCCAACGAAGUUGCAGGAAUCCAUCGCUGACCAGAACAGGAACCGCUUCAUUCUUGAGGAGAUUGUUAGCAUGCUGCCAAAAGAGAAAGACGUCGUUUCUUGCAGUUUCUUACUUCGAAUGACACGUGCAGCUUACAUGCUGAACUGCGACGUUGAGUGCAAGGUGGAUUUGGAACGACGAGCAGGAUUGCAGUUGGAUCAAGGCAACUUGGGCGAUUUGCUCAUUCCUUGCUUCUCGCAUACUAGUGAAUAUUUGUACGAUAUCGACCUUGUGCGCCGCAUCUUGGACUAUUUUCUGACGCAUGAGUCGAUUGAUAAAGCUGUCGCUGGCAGUCCAAGGUCUUGUUCGGGUGACAAGAGAUCAACACGGGGUAUUUAUGAUGACUCUGCGGUUAAGCCACAACCGGCGCUAAAUUUAAGGGCAAAAGUGGCGAAGCUUCUUGACGCCUAUCUUGCGGAAGUUGCAAGGGACAGUAAGCUUCCCUUGAUAAAAUUCCAAUCUCUCGCUGAAGCCCUACCCGAGGGUUCAAGGUUGUGCGACGAUGGAUUGUAUCGAGCAGUAGACACUUAUCUCAAGAUACAUCCCACCUUGACAGAACACGAGAGGAAGAGGCUUUGUCGCAUUCUCAACUGCCACCGCCUUUCACUUGACGCUUGCACGCAUGCUUCGCAAAACGAGCGCUUGCCGCUCCGUUUCGUAGUCCAGGUUCUCUUUUGCGAGCAACUUAAGAUCCGAAGUACAGUCACUGAAGUCAGCAACUCAGUGAAGGAGGAUCGUGCCAGUGCUGCUGAUAAUGUCAGUAUCACAUCACGGGAACCCACGGGCACGGAGCCGCAGCCCAUUGCCAGCACCAGCGCCGCAAUCCAGGAAAAUGUCAAUCAAAUGGAGAUCAGAGCUUUGCAACGCGAGCUCGCAGCCAUGAGAGCCAAGUACAGUGCCAUGGAGAGAGAUCAGAGCACCAUUCAAGACCAGGUGGAACAAAUAUCGAGAAUCACCAGAACGCGCAACUCCUCAUGGUCAUCCGGAGCAUGGAAGAAAAUCAGCAAACUACACUUAUUCAACAGCAAAGACCACAAAGACGGAGGCGAUUCAUCACGAAUCGACGAGUCCCGGCCUGGCAACCCCCGGCGGUGGAGAAACUCCAUAUCCUAACACUGGAAGCUCUCGACACCUCUGUCCCCAGUUUUUAAUUUUUAGUCGUCUCCUUCUUUUCUCAGAUUAGAAUAACACUUUUCUCUCGCUCCUCUCCUCGCACACCAAUUGUUCCAGCUUUGUUCAUUCCAGGUCUAGUGAUCAGAUUCAGAGGGGAACUCUUCACAAGAGACAGAAUCACAGGGCGGCAUGAAAGCUAGAGGGGGCGAGUAGCUAGAUACCACAUGGGAAUUCGACUUUAGCGUAGCUGUCAGAGCAUUGAGGUUUGAAUGAUUUGUCGACCCAGGUCUGUCAAACACUGUGGAAGCUGUUGCCGGCGCACACAAUCACACACACACACACACGACACACUCUUGCAGGUGUUGUCUUUGUGGGCUUUAUUCCCCUCCAUCGCAACACUCUUGCACUUGUACAUAUACUGUUUUUUAAAGGCUCCGAAGUUGCAGCCAUGCAGCCUUUUCUUCCACUA